AUGCAGCGGGUCCUGAGCGGAUCCGCCAAGUCCGCAGCGGACCAGCAGCGCCACCGCGGCAGAUCCUCAGUGAAAAGACUGUUAUCCGCGGCAAGACCGCCACGGGUCCGCCACGGGUCCGCCGCGGUCCCGCGCGGCGGACCCGUGGCGGAUGCGCUGCGGUGUGCAAGUGAACUCCAAUGCGGACCCGCUGCGCGCAUCCGCGGCGAAUCUCAGGAUACCUCCGCCGCGGGUCCGCCGCGGAUACUUUUUGCUAGUAGGGAGUUCUUUGGAUGGAUACCGAUAUUUGGUGUUUCACUUAUCACUUCACAACCAGUCAAUCUGAAUCUAUUGGGGUGGUUUAUAUUUGUAUCCCAGCCCUUCUGA